CUGAUGUGAAAAUAAUGGAUAUAGAAAAUAUAAUAUCAUCUGGAGACAUCUCCAUAACAAAGCAUUUCCUUAACCUUGACAUUCAUCAGAUGUUAGCGCUGUUACAUCAAUUAGCCCAUGUUUCAGAAAGAAAUAUUCAUUAUAUAUUACCAAUCCUUUUUCAUCCAGCUUUACGUGGCAUUAAAAUGACAACAGCUCGACUGUAUUAUGAAAAAUAUUUUCCUGAAUAUAUUAUUCAUGAUGCUGAAGACAUGUAUAGAUACAGAUUUCCAUUAGCAAUCAAGGAAAAUGGUAUCGAAUUUGCUUACUGUAAUAGAUUAAACCAAAAUUCAGAUGUAUUCUUGGAAUUAAUGAAUCAAUGCUUAUUCAAAAUGAUGAAUAUAAAUUCAAAGUAUGGAAUCGCUAUUGACCAAACCCACGUGUUAUUUAUUAUAAUCAAAAGUAGUCUGAGUUCAAAAUCUUUUUCAAUUCACCAUAAUGGUGCAGUAGUACAGGUCAAAUGCAAAGUAGCCUGUAUUCCAUAUCUGGCUGGACAGUACAAUUUAUGUUCUUUGAUCGCGGGUUUUGCUUUUAAUCACUUUAAGGAAGCUGGUAAGGAAAGUAACUUUUCUAUUAAAGAUUUGAAAGUGAUAUCAAAACUUUCCGCAUCUGAUUUCAAAAGGGAAGCUGAAUGGAGGUAUAAAAUGAUGAAGGAUAUAUGUAUAUUUAAAUUGAAAAAUUUCACUAAAAUUGGAGACUGGUACUUUUUUGAGAAAACAUUAUUCAAAGUUCACCAAAAAUACAUGACUGAAGCACUAAAGUUAGAUUUGGAUUUUAAGUUUCUCCCUAGAAACAAAAUUGGGAAAAUGGAAUUAAUAAGUAGUGAUAGAAUUUUAAAAAGGUUCCGAGUUGAAGUCCUAGAUCAUAAAAUUUCUAACCAUAGAAAAGGGAUGUUUUUGAAAGUUUUCAACGCCGUAUCUGCGCCUCAGCAAUUUAAGCGUACCAGAUCUCUCCAAUUCUUUGGGACAUUAAGUUUUGUAUUUAACAAUUUCCUUAGGGAUAUUGUUUUAUUAAGAGAUAAAUACCCUUGUGGUUUUUCUGAAGAGGAAUCUCUGUCUGAUAAUAGAAUGAACUUUGAUCCAUGCAUAUUUAGCUGUGGGUUCGUUGAUUGGGAAAAGAAGAGAAUAAAGGGGUUUUAUAUUCUCACUGAAUUCAUUGAGACCGAAUAUUUUAGGGCUAAAAAGGGAAAGCUAAAGCGAAAGAGGAUUUUGAAUGAAGUAGACUUUGGAAUCAUUCAUGGAGAUAUCCAUCCCAAUAAUUUACUUCUCGAUAAAGAUAAGUUAACACUUGUUUCCCCCGAUUUUGGACUUUCAAAUGUCUAUGCAAUUGAAAAAGAUAAGCGAGCCAAUUUACAGAACAAUGAUUUUUGGAAAAGCACAACGAAUGAUUCUUGAAUUAAUU